AUGGAGCAAGCCUAUGACAACAUGUGUUGGAAGACUCUUUAUGAGAUGAUGAGCAGAAUGGGCUUUCUAGAGAAGUUCAUGAAUUUGGUGAUGGAAUGCAUUAUGGAGCCAAGGUUUUCUGUCAUAAUUGAUGGAGGACUCUCCAAAUGGAUUAUGGGGAAGAGUGGUUUCCAUCAAGGCAAGGACUUAGGCAUCAAGAUUGCUCUAAGGGUUCAAAAGGUAUCACAUUUGCUAUGUGCAGAUGAUGUCCUUUUACUUUCUGAUGCAAAGUUGAAGAGUAUUAAGAAGGUGAAGAGCAUUUUAAGUGAUUAUUGUGGCUGGACGGGAGAGAGGUUGAAUCAUAAAAAAUUUGCUAUGAUCAUUGGUAAGACAGUUGAGAGAAGAAGGAUGAAGAAGAUUGCAAGGAUCAUGGGGAUUAAGGUGGUAGAAGAAUUGGAUUAUUAUGGAACCAAGAUGGCUGUAAGGAGAUUGAGGAAAGCAGAUUUUCAAAUUCUAUUGGACAAGUCUUUGAAGUUAUUAAAUGCUUGGGGGAAUAGAUAUAUUUCCCUAGUUGGGAAACUAGUUUCGGCAAAAACUAUUUUUUGUAAUCUUCCCUUAUUCUUAAUGUCUCAUUCCCUUAUUCCAUUAAGCAUAUUGAAGGAAUUUGAGAAGCAUUAUAGGAAUUUUAUUUGGAAUAACCCAGAUGGAACACAUGGGUUAAAUUAUUUGGCUUGGGAAGAGCUGUGCAAACCGAGAGCAUUGGGUGGAUGGGGGCUACCUUCAGCUGUGUCCAGCAUGGAACCAAUGAGGGCUAAGUUUGCCUGGAAUCUGGUGGAAAGAUCGAAUUAA